GUAAUUUCCCCUAUCUACUCGUUCCAGCAAGAAGGCGAUAGGUUCAUUCUUGGAAACCCUUUUUUAUUUUCAUUGUGUUGGCUUUGCCAUUCACCUGCAAACCUUAUGACAGGAUGGAAGCUUUCCAGUGUUGCUGCUGCCCUUCCAAGGGAUUCAUUUGGAUGUUUAUAAUUUUGCUCGCAUCCGGGUUGUCGCUGGAAAUCCCUCGACAAGGACGUCAAAGGAUCGAAUCCAUAUCCAGGACAGUUACAGUAGCAGUGACGAAAAUAGCAUUUGAAAACAAACCGACCCUGUGCAUUUCUCUCAUCAAUGCGACGAGACCAUGUGUUGGAAGACAGGUCCAUUGGUCACGUAUUCCACCAGCUGAGUUGGCGGAAGUGGACGUACAACCCUCAACCGUGCAAAUAGUGGAAGUGACGGACGCUCCAGCUAUGUCUCGUUUAAACGACAGAGAUUUGGAAUUACAAAAGUUGGACGAUCGGCUAUUGCUCUCGUCUCUAAAAGAAACAUCAGAAGAAAACGGUCGUCAGCAGUCUAACAUCGGAUUCCUUCGACGAUUCACGGAUCGUUUCAGCAAUGCACUUGGCCUGGCCCGAACUGUUGUGCAAACCGUAACAGAAACGAAAACAAUGACGACCACUUACACAGAAUCGUCUGGAUACAAUCAUUUUUAUAUCAGUGACUGUAUUCCACCGACUUUGUACUACCCAAUCUGCAAGAACUACACGACUGACGUGGAGCAGUAAACUCAUCAACCCUAUAAUUACAUAAUUUAUCUACGUUACGCUUAUUCAGACUGUUAUCAGUACUCAUGUUAAUUAUCCUACAAAUUUAGAUAUUAAACGCAAAGGAAAAAGGA